CAUUUUACUCAUGCCAGACUUUGGGAAGUAGAGAAAUCAAGGCUAAUGAACCAUCUAAAGACAAGCCAUGGGGAUCCAAUUUUGUACUCAUGGCAAUUUAGUUCUAAUUGUAGUUGAAGAUGCUGAUGAAGUAAUUGAAUUGAAGAGGAAGAAGAAGCAGAACCUCGAGAAAAGUUUAAAAAAAAAAACAAAAGCAGCCACAGAGAUUCAGGCCUGGUGGCGUGGCACCCUGGUACGCCGGACAUUGCUGCAUGCAGCCCUCAGGGCCUGGAUCAUUCAGCGCUGGUGGAGGCAGACCUUGGUGAACCUGCUGCAGAAGAAACGAAGGGAAGCCCUGGUUACCUACGCAAAUACAGUGAGAGCGGUGGUCAAGAUCCAGUCUUUGGUCCGUAUGUGGCGUAUCCACUGGCGAUACUGUCAGGUGCUCAAUGCCAUCCGUGUCAUCCAAUGCCACUGGGCAUGCCAAAACUGUUAUACCUGUGCUCUCCUCCGGGGCCACUGUGUAGUCACAGCCACUCACCUACAGUUCCACAUUGAGAUCAUCAACCCCUAAGGGCUGGCAAGAAGGGGCACUGGGUCUCCUGUUCCCAGUAAAGAUCUA